UCUGCUAAGAUCGAGACCACCACGAUCAUGAUCGAUGCUGCUCUAGGAUUGGAUACUAUCAUGACAUUCACAUGGGCGGCUAAUCCCAUCAUCUUCACUGAAUUGACAGGACCAGACGGAACCAGUUUGGACAGCAACGAUCCAGAAUAUAAUAUGAAUACGAGCUCGAAAAUUACAACCUUCACCAUCGGAGAUGCUGAGCCUGGCUUGUGGGACAUUGAAAUCAGUAACCCAGACUUUAACAGUUUUGCAGAAGAAGUUAGUAUGAACGUAAUCUCCAAACCUCGUUCGCGAAAUGUUUAUCCGCCGGUUGUCAAUAGUUUCUUUGGAGCAAAGAUUGUAAACUACACUUCAUUUCCCCUGGUCGAGGUCUAUGCCUAUGUCCAUACCAACUACCAACCGGUGAUCGAUGCGACGGUGAUUGCUACAGUAGAGAGUACAAUAUCAGGGAAUAUGACAACCAUCCCACUCCGGGAUAAUGGACUAGGAGCUGAUUUGAUCACUGGUGACGGUAUUUACUCGGCUUAUUUCCUGGACUUCUCUUCAAAUGGACGUUAUGGCGUUAGGGUAGAUGUAAACGGAAAAACAACAUCUUCAUCAAAUGUUGGUCUGAGAUCGAAACGAGAUAAAGCAACGUUUCAAGGCUUCCAGCGUACAACUACGGCGGGUGUCUUCCAAGUCGAAAACUACUCCCCGGGUCUUAAUGUUGACAUCUUGGCCCCAUCUAAGAUCGCUGACAUUACGAGCGUUGAGAGAACCUACGAUGAGAAUAGAAAUGUAACAUUGGUAUGGACAGCUGUAGGGGAUGAUUUGGACCAAGGAACUGCUGCCUCUUACGAGCUCCAUUUCUCAGAUAACUUUACCCAACUCCGAACCAAUUUUACCUCUACUUCUGCCAUUACCGAUAUAGAUCUCAUAGUCGGUAACCUCUCUCAAGUCGCUUCUUCUGGAAAUAUUGAAUCCAUCUCGUUUCUUCUGCCGGAUGAAGACUCAGAUGCUAUCUUUUAUUUUAUAAUAAGAGCCUGGGAUGAGGCUGGCAACGCGGGUCCUUUAUCGAAUAUAGUAUCCGUCUCAAGGCGCCGUGUACCUCCGACCAGCAUGGUGCCGACUUCCAAAUCAUCCAUGGCGCCGACUUCCAAAUCACCAGCAAGAUUAGAGUUAUAUAUCAUAUUUAUCAUUGUAAUUUCCUGUAUCGUGUUCUUGGCUUUACUCACUUCUUCCAUCGUCAUUACUGUAAUUUGUAGACGUCGCAACCCCAGGAAGCCAUCUGAAACGAAUGAUACUGCUCAUAUCAAUUAUGUUUAUGAAAAUCCAGAAAAAUUUUGAAAUUAAGUGAGUCAUUUAUUCGCCCGACGUCCAAUUUAAGCAUAUAUCUAAGUUUUGAUGAUGCAGAUUUGAAUACAAGAAGAAUUCUGUACAUUAACGAUAAAAUUUCAAACACUAAUCACCAUAACUAUAACAUGUGU